GAAGACAGGCAAUGCGGGUGCCUCUUCAGUCUCGCCUUGCCCGCUGUUUGGUGAACGUGUCACAGAUACAGCGGCCCUGCGACACUUAACCUGCAACACUCAGUUGUUUUACGAGAUGGCAACAUCAACAAUCCGAGCGCAUGCGCUGUUUUUGGCGAUGGCGUAUGUGGCGGUUAUGUUGGUUCCUCCUGCAGCCUCGGCCACAGAUUUACCAAACAACGGCGACCAAAUACCUGUAGUUGCUGUCGUCAAUAGAGGUCCUGGGGUGGAAGUUCGGCCUGCAGACCCUUUCGUUCAGAUUGAGCGUUCUGCCCAGACAAUCGGCCAUGCCAUCGAGAAUUUCUUUAACAGUCUUUUCAACAGAGGAAACUCUCGCAGCGGCAACACGCGCAGUGGCAUCGUUCCUCUCGUUGCCAUCGAUAACAAUCAUGGUCCCGUCAUUGACAUUCCAGGCAUUCUAGGCCUCAAUACCGGCGCUACCAACAGCGGACCAUCAUUGGUGUCCGUGGCCACAAAUCGAGGCGGCUUUGGACGGCCAUCAACCCAAGUCAAUAUUCCGGGAAUCCUCGAUUUGGAUGUGGGUGGCAACUCACCAAGACCGGGAGCGAAGGAUGGUUCUCUGGUAUCCGUGUUGGCUGGAGGAGGGGAAACAAGGGUCAGGGCACCGCUGGUCCAAGUCGCGCACUCGAACAAUGCAGUUGCGGACUCCAGGACCACCGAUUCUGUCGUGAUCAAAUCUCUUUCUUCCUCACGCCGAAAAACCCAGGUCACCCCUAACCGUACUUCGAUAUCCCGAGCUCCUCUCAAGGCAGUUUUUAGACAAUCGUCUGCUUCGAACCAUCUACCUUCAUCCGUAUCAAAUCGCCCAAAACCUUCUCCUCCCAUUACAGAAUCUCCGAAAUCGUCGAGUCUUUCGAUUUCCAAAAUGAAACUUCUGGCAUCAUCACGAUCAGACCCUGCGCCUCAAUUUUUGUCUCCGAUUGGAUUUCCUAAGUCCUCCGUGCCUCCCAAAAACGCAAAGUUAUGCAGCAGAGAAAGAGGCAUUGAAAAUAAAUUCCCACGAGGUUUUCAUGACUAUGAAAGAACUCGCAUCGACAGAAAGUUUCUUCCAAAUUAUUUCGUGAGGAUGAACCCGUCUCCUUACGACAUCCCUGAACCAUUACUCAAACACGGUUACGAUUCUCCGCACAAAGUGAGAAUUUUCAUCAUCAACCGAGCACUGAAAGAAUUGUCUGAAGCCAAAAGCAUGACCUCGCAGGAUGACUGCCUGUGACUGACCAUCGACAGACGCCUUAAGUAAUCGGCCAGUUAAUCAGCAAUAAGCUGUUAAUGUUGUUUAUGACGGGAAUAAUUCUGGUCUCUUUAUUAUGUUAAAUUCUGUAUAAAAAUUAAAGGAGCAUGUGAUUUCUACUCGGUAGGGAGAAAAAUGCAGAACCUUAUUCAAAUUAAAAUUGCAGCCUGGUUGUAUAACAACAUUUAAAACACUCCAAUGCCAGAUCAAAUAUUAACAUUAAUGAGAUUCGCGUAUGGCAAAAAAAAAGAACGCUGGGAAUGCCUGAACGUGACCUUCCUCGACUUGACCGCUCAGGUAACAUAAACGCGGGUUGUUAAAUCAGUGCAAGUUUUUGCUGUGGUGGCCCUCAUCCUAGUAUACCUGUGAGCGACCUUGCCGCGACACAAACUUAUUUCAACACUUGUCACAUGGUCACUUUAGCGGUGCUUCACUCGUCAGAAACUAACUGAAAUACGAUAUUAAAACAUGAAAUUUUUUCCUCCCGUCAAUUGUAUCUGUUGCAAGAAUAAUUGUAUCUAGUGCAAUAAUUUACAGCAGUUUGUUUUGGCGAAGACACCAAAAUCUUAGUCUGAUCAGAUUUUGAACCAUUUUUAUCGUGUUUUUUUAAUAGAAAUGCAUUUAGAUUUCAUCAUGUCGCAAAAUAUUUUAUUUGGUUUCAGGUCAGCUCUUACAAAUAAGAAUUUUUUAUUUGUUCACAGCAAUUGAUUUUGCCUUCUUUUCCACUAUUUUUUUGUUAUAAAUAUAUCACUGAUCUUUAA